GUUUGGCCAACAAUACAUCGGGUCAGCAGAAGUUUAUCUUUUUCGUUUACGUUUCUCUCCAAAUUUCUAGCACGAAAAACGAUAGAGCAAAGCAGAAUGCAGUUCAAAGUGUGACAAACGAAAGGUCAUCGGUAUCCCCGGACUCUAAACGGGCUGUUGACGAUUGUGAAAACAAUUGUCUGCAGUGCUGCAGUACGCUUUUAAUUGAGUUGGUGUAUGUGUCUCUUGAAACCGGCACGACAGUGAUUCCUGCUAGUGAAGAGAACAAAAAAAAUCACGAAAAAACAAUCCAUCUCCAGGGAAGACAUUCCUGGAAUCAAGUAAGCGGUGCGUAAAACUGGAAGUGUUUGUAACGGUGUGUGUGCGUGUGGUUCGUUGUGUGCGCUUCAUCCGGUGCAGCGAUAUCGAAGUAACACCGUAAAACAUUAUGACGAGACACAGUUCUGUCAAGAGCGGAAUGGGCAAUCUUACCAUCGGCUUACUUCCGAUUGUUUGCCUACUGACAGUGGGAUUGGUGGAAGCGUUCUACCUUCCCGGGUUGGCCCCGGUAAACUAUUGUCGCAAAUCGGAAAUGCAAAAAUCAUGCAAGUCCGAGGUAACGCUCUAUGUGAAUCGGCUAAACACGGAGGAAUCAGUGAUUCCGUACGAAUACCAUCACUUCGACUUUUGUCCCAUCGACGAAGCCAACUCGCCGGUAGAGAACCUCGGCCAGGUAGUAUUUGGCGAACGUAUCCGCCCGGGACCGUACAAAAUUCAAUUCCUAGAGGAUGUAAAAUGUGCGAAGGCUUGUGUGAAACAUUACAAGGGUGGCGAUCCGGACAGUGACCAUCGGUUGAUGGUGUUGAAGAAGGGUAUGAGUUUAAAUUAUCAACACCAUUGGAUAGUGGACAAUAUGCCGGUCACUUGGUGCUAUCCGCUGGAAAACGAGCGCCAGUACUGCAGUACCGGAUUCCCUAUGGGUUGCCUGGUACGUCGCCAUCCGGACGGUGAAGAAGGUUGCAUUACAAAUCCCAACUACAACCGGGCCGGGUAUUAUUAUCCGUUCAAUCACGUUGAUUUGACCAUUACGUACCACAGCGGAGCUACCGAGGAGUGGGGAGUGGCAUUCAAACAGAACGGUGGACGCAUCAUCUCGGUGAAGGUGGUACCGUCGUCCAUUAACCAUAAGGACCCGAACGAGCUGAACUGUGAGAGUAAGGAACCGAUUGAAAUUCAAUCCAGCGCGCUACCGAAUGGCCAAACGCUGGAUAUCGUGUACACGUACUCGGUACACUUCACACAGAACAACAAGAUCAAGUGGUCUUCCCGCUGGGAUUACAUUCUCGAGUCGAUGCCGCACACCAACAUUCAGUGGUUUAGCAUUUUGAACUCACUCGUCAUCGUGCUGUUCCUAUCGGGCAUGGUGGCAAUGAUCAUGCUUCGCACGCUUCACAAGGACAUUGCGCGGUACAAUCAGAUGGAUUCCGGUGAGGAUGCGCAGGAAGAGUUCGGCUGGAAGCUGGUUCACGGUGAUGUUUUCCGACCACCGCGCAAAGGCAUGCUGCUUUCUGUGUUUCUGGGCUCGGGCAUACAGGUGUUCUGUAUGACGCUGGUUACGCUAGCAUUCGCGUGUCUCGGAUUCCUAUCGCCGGCUAAUCGGGGCGCCUUGAUGACGUGUGCCAUGGUGUUGUUUGUACUACUCGGUACACCGGCCGGGUAUGUUUCGGCCCGUAUCUACAAGAGCUUUGGUGGAAUCAAGUGGAAGAGCAACGUUUUGUUGACGUCUAUGUUGUGCCCUGGCGUCGUGUUUGGAUUGUUUUUCGUAAUGAAUUUGAUACUGUGGAGUAAAGGAAGUUCGGGUGCAGUUCCGUUUUCGACCCUGAUAGCGUUACUCGCCCUUUGGUUCGGUGUCUCCGUUCCGCUCACCUUCGUUGGAGCUUAUUUCGGUUUCCGGAAACGGUCCUUGGAGCAUCCGGUGCGAACGAACCAGAUUCCUCGCCAGAUUCCGGAUCAAUCCAUCUACACGCAACCGAUCCCUGGUAUUAUCAUGGGGGGCGUGCUACCGUUCGGGUGCAUUUUUAUACAGCUCUUCUUCAUUCUGAACUCGUUGUGGUCCAGCCAGAUGUACUAUAUGUUUGGUUUUCUGUUUCUCGUGUUUUUGAUACUCGUGAUCACCUGCUCCGAGACGACGAUUCUGCUGUGCUAUUUCCAUCUGUGCGCCGAAGACUAUCACUGGUGGUGGCGAUCGUUCCUAACGUCUGGCUUUACCGCGGUGUAUCUGUUCGUGUACUGCUGUCACUAUUUUGCCACGAAGCUGCAGAUCGAAGAUGCUGCCUCGACUUUCUUGUACUUUGGUUACACGCUGAUAAUGGUUUUUCUGUUCUUUUUGCUAACCGGUUCGAUAGGUUUCUUUGCCUGCUUCUGGUUUAUUCGCAAAAUCUACAGCGUAGUAAAGGUGGAUUAAAAGUGUGCUAUUGCUGUAUGGAAUUUGAGCGCUGUUUUCUUUCCUUUUACCGGUACAUUACCUAUUCAUUCGAUACACUUGUGGCUUUGUUUGUUAGGUCUGUGCUUUGUUGUGUCUUUAUUUAAUUUUAACCAUUUAUUCCCCUCCGAUUCGAUCGUGUGUAGGUAGUAGUGAAGGUAGUUACAACACAUGGCCUGUAACAAAACCGUAAAAUGUUCUAUUUUCGAUCAGCAUGUAGCCAGCCUAUGUCCAAUUGGAACUAAAGGUAAUACCGACAAUACACUGCAUACUACUGAACAACAAAUAACCGCCCUAUUUUAUCGUUUGUGACGAAGAGACGUUUUAUUCGCGCAAAUUCAUCUGGACAGUUUCAAGAAGGUGUGUAAAAUGGUACAGCACGCGGAUGAUCAUGAUAGGGUAUUAUGUUUUAGCAAACAUACUUGUGUGUCGGUUUCGUAUCGGAAAGUGGGAAACAGGAAGAGAGAGAGCACACUCUGUAUUGUGUUGAUUAGAAUUCCAAUUUAUUGUUUAAUCGUAUCAUGGGCAGAUUUCUGUUCUUAGCUUAGUAAUAAUCAACAAAACUAACGAGAGCGUGGCACAGCUGCAUUAGAUUAGCGUGGCCCAUCCAGCGACCCCAACCUUCCUCCCUCUCCCUUCCAUACCCUUACCGGUGAUAUAAUUCCGGUGAGAGUUCUGGUGAGCGAAAAGAAAAGAAAAGAAAAGAAAAAAACACUUUCGCAUACCGUGGAACAAAAACAUAAGGUGGUCGGUGUACAAACCAUCAGGAACAUCAAAUACCGGUGCACCGAGUACCGUAAGUGCAGUAACUUUGUCCCACAGCACACAGCACACACAAAUUCUUAUGUACAUCUUGGUCCUCUUUUCCAAAUAAUAGGUUAGAAAGCACGACGCGUGAUGAGUAUUAUUCAGUAAAGUGAAUGAAUAUAGAGCAAAAUGAUUGGCUAUCGUUUACCUAACAAGAACGAGCCACGCGCAUGAAUGAUUUCGCUGUCCAACCCACUUUUGUUUGUCGAUGGUGUAAAUUAUUUAUUAGCAUUACGGUACCCUUUUUCUCACUACACCCGUACGGAAGCAAGGAGAGAUAACCCAGUAAAAAAGCCAGUUGGAAAGAAUGCAGGCGAAGAAAAUCGUGGUGUUCGGAGGUAUAUGGGUUGAUAGGACACGUGGUACGCUAGGAUCACUGUUUGUGCGUGUGUUUGUGUGUGUGUGAAUGGGUGAUUGAACUUUCGCACCUCAACUGAUCGUAAACCGGACGAUGUGAUGAACAAGUAAACUUAAAAUGAAGAGCAUGAGUAAUAAAAACAAUAAUUAUAAUGAAUACUAUAUCGUAAAAAUCAAUAAACCCAAAACCCUUCUUUUAUU